AUGAAAGCAACGGUUUCAAGAAGGAUCAAUCAUCCGAUUGAAUGCGAUCAAAAAGUUAUCGUUGGUACCACAGAAGCUGAUUUCAAUUUCAAAUUGAACUUCUUAGUUCUUUUUGUCAACACAUUUUGUGAGUCAACAUCAAUGGGAAGAUGCAACCUGUUUCCUUUGAGUUAUAUUUCAAGAAAAACAGAUAUCAGCAACAUAGAUUGGUGCAGCUAUGUUUUGGACUGUCUUGUCAGAACAAUGAACUCAUACAUACCAUACUCAGAUAACAGCUACUUUGUUGGACCUUUAGCUUUCUUGGUGUUGUUCUAUGCUGAUAACAUCCACUCAGAAGCUUUAAUAGUAACACGUAAACGUCCAACAAUUUGUUAUUGGAGUUCAGAGAAAAUUAGAUAUCGAGAGACAUUUGAACAAGAAGAAGGUAGAUUUGGACUUGGAGAAUUAAAUGAAGAAUUUGUUAAUGAACAAGAUGAAGGAGAUACAGAUCUUGAAGACAGUGAUUCUCAUAAAGAUGAAUAUCAUUCUGUUAAGGCAUAUGAAUCAAAAAUAUCUAAAAUUCUUAAUAGUUUUGAGAAGAUGAAAGAAAAGCUGAAUUCAAAUCUCAAUGAUGCGAUAACAAAGUUCCCUGAAAAGGAAAGUUUUAGGAUUUUCAAAGAAAAGAUGACAAAAACUAAUGUUGGAGAAAAAACUGAAAGCACACACUUUUUGAAUUUCCAAAUAAUGAAACUGGAGUUGAAGAAACGUGAAGAAGAAAAUGAUAAUGAUGGAAGUCAACCGGAAGUGGAUUACUUGCUUGAUUCAAAUGAAGCAGAGAAUGAAUCAAUAAAGAAUGAUGGAGAUAAGAAUCAAAAAGAUGGUGAAACUGAAGUAAAAGAGAAAGAUGGAAAGAACAAUGAAAAUGAUAAUGAUGUAGAGAAAAAAGAUGAUGAUGCUGAAGAAACAAAUAAUCAUGAAGAGACUAUUCAACAAACUGAAAUGAAAAUUUGUUGGAUAAAGUUGUUGACAACAUUGUGGUAA